AUGAGGAUGAAGGGUGGCGAGAUGAGCAUUAACCCCGUUCGUGCUGGCUUGUUGCUCCCUUCCCCUGCCGAGAAGAACAAGAUCAGCAAGAACGCUGGAGCGGGUGAAAUAUUCUUUCACCAACUUCUCAUUCAAGACCAUCUCUCAGCUAGCAUCCAUGAACUACGACCUGAUGACAAAGCACAACUUGGAUCCUUUGCAGUCCUCGAAAUAAACCUUGAUAUCAGAGCAGUAAAGAUGGUUGUCGGCUUUUUGAAAGAAAAAAAGACCCAUAGUCAACUCUCAAUGACAGGUUCCUGUGAGAAAGUAGUAAUUGACAAGGACAAUGUUGCCAAAGGGCUUCACGAGCUUGUCACCCACUACAACAUAGCCAAGCUUGUAGUGGGAGCAGCAGUAGAUGAAUACUACUCAAACCUAUAUAACAUGGGAGUCACUAUGCUAAUACAAUUGGUAAACUACGCUAUUAUGAUCUAUCCUUUUCCUUCAGCUCAGUCUAGGGAGCACGGCACGCUCGGAGGCAUCCACGCGGCCUACUCAUCAGAGGCCUUCAGUGCAGUAGCGACAGAGUGCGCCAGCCUAGCCGAUGAGCUGGUGUUCCACGACGAGACGAGGCACGCGGCAUGGAACCAAAAUGGUUACGCGUACGGCGACCAAACCAUGAGGUUCGACCGUUUGCUUCGUGUAGGAGAAUGUUAUGACUUCAUGAGAGUUGGCUUCGCGCCUACUCAUGUUGGUCCUUUGGGCUACAUCUUCCGUUUAUGUGCCGACUACUUUGUGGUUCUAUCUCCACAAAGUAUGGCUAAUGCACCAUCGAGAGAGCUAUGGAUUUAUCGGUGUCCUCGUGCCUUUAUGGAAUUCAAGGAUGUAUACGCUCAAGCUGAGUACUUUUUUGUAGAUGUCAUUGGUAUAGUUAUGCAUGUGUCUAAUAUUCGAGGAAGGGAUGACGUGCGGAUGCGACCGUACAGACUAUGUGGUGCUGAUGAAUGA